AGUGUCCUGGUUUUGUUUUUACGAGAAGGGAUUCAUCGAAAACUACGAGUGUUUGUGUAUCUUUCUCUGAUUUUAAGGUGGUUACGUUUCUAUUUUUCUGUUUGUUGGAUGGGAAUUUUUCUCCGGGAAAAUAUAAUCGGCCAUGGGAAAGUCUUCGUUCAAGGAUUCUCUGAAAGCGCUUGAAGCUGAUAUUCAGCACGCCAAUACUCUGGCUUUAGAUUUUCCAAGGGAGAAUGAUGGAGCACGUAUUCAGAUGAGACUGUCCUACAGUCCAGUGGCUCACCUUUUUCUAUUUCUUGUUCAAUGGACUGAUUGUCACCUUGCUUGUGUACUUGGUUUGCUUAGAAUUCUUAUUUAUAUGACCUAUGCAGAUGGCAAGACGACCAUGUCUGUUUAUGAAAGGAAAGCAAGUAUUAGAGAGUUUUAUGCGGUGAUAUUUCCAUCUUUCUUGCAACUUCAAAGAGGCGUCACAGAUUUGGAGGACCGGAAGCAGAAAGAGACAUGUAAUCUCAGAUACAAAAAGAAGGAUGAGUUGGAAAAAGGAAAACUCUCUGAAAUUGACAUAGAAAGAGAAGAGGAGUGUGGCAUUUGCAUGGAGGUGAAUAGCAAGGUUGUUUUGCCUAAUUGCAACCAUUCUUUGUGUUGGAAGUGUUAUCAGGAUUGGCAUGGGCGGUCUCAGUCAUGUCCCUUCUGUCGAGAUAGCCUUAAAAGAGUAAACUCCAGUGACCUUUGGAUCUACACAGAUAAGUCUGAUGUUGUUGAUUUAUCUUCAAUUUUGAAGGAGAAUCGUAGGAGGCUGUUCAUGUACAUAAAUAAAUUGCCCCUUAUUGUUCCAGAUCAUGUUUUAGUUCCCUAUAAUCCUCAUGUUAGGUGAGAGCAUAGAUUUUGGAAACUCUGUAUAUAAUAAACCUGGCUGUACAUGUUCUUUUGACAAACAUACUGAUUUUUCCGCCAUUAGGCCAUUGUUUUAUUGGCUUCAAGCAGGUGAUAUUGAUUCCUAAAUUUCUCUUA